AUGUGUUUACAUUGUGGUUUCGAAAUUUUCUCCAAAGAUGAAGAUUGGAUCAAACAACAGAAGAUCAAGGUUCUUUCAAAAUGGCCUUCUCAAUCUCCAGAUUUGAAUCCUAUUGAACAUUUGUGGGAUAAUCUUGAAAAAAGAAUUCGCAACCAAUCUUUGCAUCCAAGAAAUCUUGGCGAUCUUGAAAAAGCAUCGCAAGAAGAAUGGGUUGCAACUUCUGCAGAUACCUAUAUAAAAUUGGUUGAAAGCAUGCCAAAGAGAAUGUAUAAAAACCAAAGGGGCUCCCGCGAUGGAUUAAAAAUAUUAUUCAAUAAGUCAAAAACUUCAAAAAAAAUCGUAACGAAUACCUUUGCUAGGAUAGUGUAG